GGUAUAUUCAUCGGAAUAUAGAGAAGAAGGCGCUUUUCAGGCUCUAUCCUUAAUGCCAAACAUAGUGUUAGUAACGGCAGCCAAGUCUCCCUCCCGUUCAUCAUCAGUUACUUUCAUGAAACGCACAGCUCAAAACCAACCCAACAACUCCAUAUAUAUAUAUAUGUAAAUAAAAUCUACAUUUCCAUUGCAGGAUACCAAUUGAUUGGUCAAAUGCCCUUUCCAAAUCCUCAUCGAUAUAACCUUUCCGUUUCUUUUUCUCAAUCUCUUUCUACUCCCAUUCGUUUUUCAUUUCCCCACUGCGGCGUUUUGCUAUUAUAGUUUGUUUCUUCAAGACACCAAAUGGCUGCUGCUGCUUUUACUUUCUCUUCGUUCUCUUCUCCUGAGCCUGUAAUUCCUGCAUCGUCAUUAACUCGGUCGCCAAUUUACCAUCUUCGUCAUGAUAGCUGCUCUGCUUUGGCCACAGGAAUUUACUGUGCCAAGAGGCAGAUAAGUGCUAUCAGAUGCGGAAAUGGUAGCAGCUGCAGCAAGAGAGCCACGCUGGUUACCGCCCUUUCUAGUGUUUGCGAAAAAUCGUCUCCAUCCAUAACUGCAUUUAGUGAGCUGAUCGAAUCACUGAUUGAUCGGGUGGAUUUAUCGGAAUCCGAGGCUGAAGCAUCGCUUGAUUAUUUAUUAAAUGACGCUAACGAGGCAUUGAUCAGUGCCUUCCUUGUGUUGCUGAGAGCCAAAGGGGAGACUUAUGAAGAAAUUGUGGGAUUGGCAAGGGCGAUGAUUAAGCAUGCUAGGAAAGUUGAAGGGUUAAUUGAUGCAGUUGACAUUGUUGGAACUGGUGGGGAUGGAGCCAAUACUGUUAACAUUUCUACAGGGGCAUCAAUACUUGCUGCUGCUUGCGGUGCAAAAGUUGCCAAGCAAGGGAAUCGAUCUAGUUCUUCUGCAUGUGGAAGUGCUGAUGUACUAGAAGCACUGGGGAUAGUAAUUGACCUGGACCCGGAGGGGGUGUCAAGAUGUGUGAAUGAAGCAGGAAUUGGCUUUAUGAUGUCUCCAAAAUACCAUCCUGCCAUGAAGAUUGUAAGUCCUGUGAGGAAAAAACUAAAAGUAAAGACUGUAUUCAAUAUACUGGGCCCUAUGUUGAACCCUGCUCGUGUACCUUUUGGUGUUGUUGGAGUAUACAAAGAAGGCUUAGUCGAGAAAAUGGCUAAAGCAUUGCAAAAAUAUGGGAUGAAGAGAGCAUUAGUUGUUCACUCGGAGGGCUUAGAUGAAAUGAGCCCCCUUGGACCUGGGAUAGUCCUUGACAUCACCCCAGAAAAGAUUGAGAAAUUCUCAUUUGAUCCAUUGGAAUUUGGUAUUCCUCGUUGCACUUUAGAGAGCUUGAGAGGUGGAGGCCCAGAUUACAAUGCAGAAAUACUAAAACGAGUGUUAUCAGGGGAAAAAGGGUCCAUUGCGGAUGCACUUAUCCUUAAUGCAGCAGCAGCUCUCUUGGUUAGCGGCUGCGUAGGCAGUUUGGCUGAAGGAGUUGCUUUGGCGCGGGAGACACAAUUAUCAGGAAAAGCUAUGAAAACGCUUGAUUUGUGGAUAAAGAUUUCAAAUCAGCAGAAGGUGUAGGACGAAAUGCUUAUCAAGACUGCCCGAAACAUUAAGCAAAAGCAGCCUUAUCCAUACAGUGGGCAAUUCUACUAGGAAUAUUUGAGGAAUGAUUUUAUAUUAAAAGCGUUUACAUAAAUCUCUAAAUUUUCUGUGUAAUAAAUUGCCUUUUAGCACAGGAAGUUUUCAAACUUGAUGGUUCUUUUGGAUGGGUGCAUUCAAAUCACUAGAAUUAGAAUGUAUGUUUCAAGUGAACUUGAUAAGAUCGUGUAGCGCAUAAUGAAAGUAACAGUAACUUGAAGGUGCUUUUGUAAUUUAUUUAA